AUGACGAACUGGCCAGACGUUCCUUGCAAGCCCGCUGAGGGAGUUCCGUUCUUCACGCCGGCGCAGUUCCCUCCAGCUGGCACCGCGCGUGAUCCCCAGACAAGUGGAAAGCCCAUCCCCAAACUUUUCCAGCCCUUGACCAUCCGCGGCCAAACCUUCCAAAACCGACUGGGUCUGGCGCCCAUGUGCCAAUACAGCGCCGACGACGGCCAUAUGACUCCCUGGCACUUGACGCAUUAUGGCGGGAUUGCACAACGCGGCCCGGGCCUGAUGAUCAUCGAAGCCACUGCCGUGGUGCCGGAAGGCCGUAUCACACCCGGGUGCGUGGGUCUGUGGAAGGACUCGCAGAAGGCGAUGUUACAACAGGUGGUGGAGUUCGCCCACAGCCAAGGGCAGAAGAUCGGGAUUCAACUGGCCCACGCAGGGCGCAAGGCGUCCACCGUCGCGCCCUGGCUGGGGGGUGUCACUGCGACCAAUGCAGUAGGAGGCUGGGUCGAGCAUGUCAAGGCCCCGAGUGCAAUCCCUUUCGCUGAGGGAGAUAUCGUCCCCAAGGCGAUGAGCUUGGAUGAUAUCCAGGAGCUCAAGGAUGCCUGGGUGGCCGCUGUGAAACGGGCUCUUGCGGUUGGAGUCGAUUUUAUCGAGAUCCACAACGCCCACGGAUACCUGCUUUCUUCGUUCUUGAGCCCGUCCUCGAACCAGCGCUCCGACCGGUAUGGAGGGUCUUUCGAGAACAGGAUCCGGCUGCCGUUGGAAAUUGCCCAACUGACCCGUGAGACGGUGGGGGACCAGAUGCCGGUGUUCCUGCGGGUCUCUGCGACGGACUGGCUGGAGCAUCGGCCAGGCGAACAGGGUUGGGGCUUGGAGGACACGGUGGAAUUUGCCCGCGCCUGGCAGCACAGGGCUGCGCCCUUUGCGGCGGCUGUCAAACGGGCAGUGGGAGACCGGAUGCUCGUGGCGGCAGUGGGCAUGAUCAACAAUGGACAGUUGGCGGAGAGGCUGCUGCAGGACCACGACCUAGAUGUGAUCUUGGUUGGACGGGCAUUCCAGCGGGAUACGGGCUUGUCGUGGCAUUUUGCCAAAGAACUGGACGUGGAGAUUGCAAUGGCCGCUCAGAUCCGAUGGGGGUUCACCAGCUUCCGCAAUGCGUCGGACUAUAUCCAGCCCAACUCGAUGAAAGCAUCUAUUUUUGACUAA